AUGGCGUCGACCUCGCCUUGUGGGAGGAGGCCGCGGCCUAUACCGCGCUAUGUUUAUAUGACCUGCUUUGGUUCCCACCCUUGCAGGAGCACAGUGCUCUAUAGGGGUCGGGGCUCGUGGAGGCUGCAGAGGCACGAGGCCGGGGGCGGGGACAGGGAGGCAAAGGCAGCCGGGGGUCCCUCGGGCAGCCCUGAGCUCGCCUCACAGAAGACCGUAUCAUCUCAGGUGUCGAGCCCGGGAACCCUGGUGCCGAGAGCCCGACAGCUGCCGCGAUUGCCAGGCCAGGCCAGGGGCAGUCAACGCCGGAAGACCCCAAGACCUGAAGCCGGGUCAGACAAUGUCAAUGAUGCAGUUGAAUUUUACAUGCCUUUGAAUGAAGCUGCUAAAAUCACAAAGAAGAAGAAAAAGCCUGCAGUGUGGGACAGUGUUUACAAGGUGAUUUCCAAGAUGCUGAGUGAAAAUGAAAAAAUCAGAGACAGAAUGAACUUCAAACAGGAUUGUGCUGAAAGUGGGGAUCUGGCCCAGAGUACAGAGAAGUCUUCUCAUCUCUGUGGGAAACUCAUCAUGGAAUAAUUGAGAAACAAUCAAAAUGGAAGAACAAUAUUAAUGGAUGGAUACUGGCAACAUCAUUUACAUUUCAUGGAAUGCUUUGGUUUUGUUUCUUGACAUUUGGUAUGGAUAAUUAGUUUACCUAGCUCCUUAAUGCCUGAUAACUUUAGUUUUAUUACAUUUUGUUGUCAGUAGGAGUCAUUCUUGUAAAUCUAUUUAAAUUCAAAGAAUAAUAUAUUUCCCUUGUAUAAUUACAUUAAAAAAUGAGCUGUAAAUA